GGCUCCUAGGAACUCUGAGUCUCCUCCUAUUGCAUUACGUCUUUGACUAAGAAAGUGACCAUUUGCUCUUGGUUUCCUAAGUCAUAUCAGCUUAUUUCUGCCUGGCCAUACAAAACUCUUAGCAUAUUUGAAGCCAGCAUUGGUCUGCCAAAGAAGUGGCAGCCCUCCCCCAACUCCCAUCAAGGAUAAAACAAUAAGCGGAGAGAGAAUGACCGAAAGCAAUGGAAUCAGGAAUUUGUCAGAAGCACAGAACAACUGGAAAGAUUCUGGAACAGGACAAGAAGAUUCCUCAGUGCCUCUCUGGACCACGUCUGCUGAUGGGCUGGUUAAACUGAGGAUGGACCCCACGUGUCUGCAAGCUCCCAUAACUGUUCAUCAGAUGUUUCAAGAAUCCUUAGAGAAAUACGGGUCUCUCAAUGCAAUGGCCAGCAAGAAGGAUGGGGAAUGGGAAAAGAUCACCUUUGCUGAGUAUUACAACUAUUCUCGCAAAGCAGCCAAAAGCUUCCUGAAGCUUGGCCUUGAGCGAUUCCACAGUGUAGCAAUACUUGGGUUCAAUUCCACAGAAUGGUUCAUUUCAGCUGUGGGAGCUGUUUUUGCUGGUGGCAUUGUGACAGGGAUCUACACAACCAGUUCUCCUGAGAUCUGCCGCUACAUUGCUCAAGAUUGCCGAGCUAAUAUCAUUGUGGUCGAAAACCAGAAACAACUGGACAAAAUCACGCAAAUCCAGAAUUGUUUACCACACUUGAAGGCCAUUGUGAUGUGCAGGGGGCCCUUGGCUGAGAAGCAUCCCAAUUUGUACACGAUGGAUGAAUUUAUGGAGUUGGGCAAUGAGGUCCAGGAUGGAGAGCUGGAUGCUCUGAUUGAGUCCCAAAAGCCAAAUCAAUGUUGCGUUCUGAUCUACACAUCCGGAACAACAGGGAAACCCAAAGGGGUGAUGCUUAGCCAUGACAAUGUAACCUGGACUUCGGCCCAUGCCAGCCGGGCAGGGGACAUGCAGCCGGCUGAAAUCCAGCAGGAGACCAUCGUCAGCUACCUUCCUCUCAGCCACAUUGCCGCCCAGAUUUAUGACCUCUGGACUGGAAUCAAGUGGGGAGAACAGGUCUACUUUGCAGAGCCAGAUGCCUUAAAGGGGAGCUUGGUGGGUACCCUGAAAGAGGUGCUGCCCACCUCACAUAUGGGAGUUCCCCGGGUGUGGGAGAAGAUCAUGGAAAAGAUCAAAGAUGCCUCUUCUCAAUCUGGAUUUGUGAAGAAGAAAAUCCUCUCUUGGGCCAUGUCGGUCAGCUUGGAACAAAACCUGAGUGUCUCUAAUAGUGAUUUAAAGCCCUUUCGAAUGAGGUUAGCAGACUCUUUGGUACUUGCUAAAAUCCGCCAGGCUCUGGGCUUUUCUCGGUGUGAGAAGCACUUCUGUGGAGCCGCUCCUCUCUCGACAGAAGCGCUGCACUUCUUCCUGGGCCUGAACAUCCCCUUGUAUGAAGCUUAUGGGAUGAGCGAGACCACCGGCCCACACUGCAUGUCCAGCCAAUAUGUUUACCGGCGUUACAGCUGCGGCAAAGCUAUCCCAGGCUGCAAAGUGAAGUUAAUGAACAAGGACGACGACGGCAAUGGGGAGAUUUGCUUCUGGGGGCGAACUGUUUUCAUGGGCUAUUUGAACAUGGAGGACAAGACCAGGGAAGCGAUUGAUGAGGAUGGAUGGCUGCAUUCUGGCGAUCUGGGGAAGAUGGACAGUGAUGGGUUCCUCUACGUCACAGGAAGAAUUAAAGAGAUCCUGAUUACAGCUGGGGGUGAAAACAUCCCUCCAGUCCCCCUUGAAGAUGCUGUCAAGAGGGAGCUGCCUCUUGUGAGCAACGCCAUGCUGAUUGGAGAUCAGAAGAAAUUCUUGUCCAUGUUGCUGACUUUAAAGUGUGCAGUGGAUCCUGAGACUUCUGAGCCUACGGACAGCCUGACCCAAGAAGCCAGGGAGUUUUGCCAGAAGGUUGGCAGCAAAGCCACUCAAGUGUCUGAGAUUGUGCGGACAAGAGAUCCAGCUGUUUAUCAGGCCAUCCAAGAUGGCAUAGACAGAGUCAAUGGGCAGGCAGUGGCCAACGUUCAGCGCAUUCAGAAGUGGGCAGUCCUACAAAAGGAUUUUUCCAUUUCUAGUGGGGAAUUUGGUCCAACCAUGAAACUAAAGCGGCAAACUGUUGUUGAGAAGUACAAAGAUGAAAUUGAUUCCUUUUACAAAAAAUAAAAGUCAGCUGUCCAGUAUUGCUCUUUUUCCAAUAGAACAGAAACGCACAUUCUGUAGAAUAUGUAAGGCCAUCUUUCCAAGGAAGCUGUUUGAAGACCACCACCAUUUUGAAGAGGAGCACCAGAUACUAACAAGAGCAUGUUUUGGGUUCCACUUCUAAAUGCUAAUUAGGCUACAGAAGUCAGAGAGCACCACACACACCCCAGAAUUAGUGUUGGAAGG